AGAUAGACCAGCUGAAUGUGAAUGGGAAAGGAGAAGGCAAUUGUCGCAGACAUACGGUGCCAAGCAUUGAAGGUCUACUCGGCAAUAGCCGAAUACAUUGCUAAUAGUACACACGCCACAAAUGACAUGGCUCGCGGUAGCAGCGCAGUCCCUUUCUGGCAGCAGCUACAAGUACCCAAUGGCCUCGUGCCACGUAUCGGUCACAGCGCGACGCUCGUCGGCAGCUGCAUGUACGUCAUGGGCGGGCGACUGGCGGAUCGCUCGCACGUGAACGACGUCUGGCUGUGCGACCUUUCCGGCUGCGACGGCGUCGAAGGGACUACCGACGACGGGGGGAAGUCGAGUUGCCAAGCCGGAGAGGGAGGAGCAGGAGAGGCACGAGUAGGAGAAGGGAUACGAGGAAGAGAAGGAGGAGCAGCAGCGAGGUGGGAGUUGAUUAACGAGCACGCGCCGUUCUCCCCGCGAGCCUAUCACAGCGCGACGCUUGUGGGCGACUCGGAGAUCUGGGUGGUGGGCGGCAGCGACGAAAAGGCGGUGAAGCACGACGUGUUCGUGCUCGACACGCGCACCAGGCAGUGGAGGGAGGUGCAGACACGUGGCAGAUAUGCAGAGUAUCCACGUGCCACACAUGCUGCCCUGGUGCAUCCGCAGCACGCCUCGUGGCUGCUCAUCCACGGGGGAUAUGGGGGCGAAGGGCCCAAGCUGGAUUUUCUGGCUGACCUCUGUGUUCUCGAUACAGAGUGCCUGCUAUGGCAAGACGUGCGUCCCUCCGGCGCCCCUCCCUCUGCCCGCGGCUACCACUCCAUGACAAACCUGGCCGGCCAGGCUGUCGUCUUCGGAGGAAAGACCAAGCAGCGCGCAGACAAGGAGCAGCAGGGCCUCUGGGCCUAUGACCCGCUAUGCGAUGCAUGGGUCGAGCCCAAGGUGGCAUCUUCGGGGGGACCCCGACCACAGCUACGGUCAAACCACGCGGUGGCAUGUGUGGGGGGCGAUAUGGCGGUGAUGCACGGAGGCAGGGUGAAGAAGGAUAGAUUGGAUGACCUCUGGCUACUGCAGGCCUUAACCUCAGCACACAACGCACCACCAUCCCCACCAGCCUCCCAUGCCUCUCCGCCGCUCACCCUCGCCUGGCACCGCAUUGCCUCCCUCCCCCCCUCCCCCCCCAUGCUCGCUGUGCCUCCCCAUGUGGGGGAAGGGGAGAAUGUGGGAGGUGUGUGUGGUGGGAAGGGGGGCGCGAUGCCUGCGGGCAGGGCGGCGCACUCCUUGGUGUAUUGGGGCCGGUCGCUGUUCCUCUUCGGUGGCUAUGGCGGCAAGGAUCUCUCCUACGCCGACCUCUUUGCCCUCCGCAACCUUCCGUCUGCCUUCCCACCAACGGCCAGCCACUCACACGCGGCCGACUCAGCAGGCGAGCAUGGAGGGGGAAGAGGAACUCAAGGAAUUCAGCCAGCUGCCCCUGGCCUGUUACGAGCCAAUCGUGGGACGACACAUGUCGAUGAAGAGGCUGUUGUAGGCACACGUGGCAUGGGAGCUGCAGGUUUGUCUGCUCGCCUUGAGGCUGCUGUGGGAGCAGGAAGAGAAGGUGGAGGAGGAGGAGGAGGAGGAAGAGGAGGAGCAAGAGGAGGAAGAGGGGGUAGCAAAGGGGGAGAAGGUCUUGCAGGAGUGGCAGGAGGAGCGGAAACAGCAGGGGCAGCAGCUCCAGUGACUUCACGACCAGCAACAACAGGAGGCACAAAGCGGCCUUUGACCACGGCUCGCAAGCUCACGACUGGGCUCGGAUCGUGGCGUGUGAGAAGGGGGAGCAAGACUGGGGCAAUGCAAGGUGAUGCCCAGAUAGGCUCUGGUCCCGUGGGUGGGGGAGUGGAGGGAGGGAGAGAAGGCAGGCAGGGUGGUGGUGGGGGGGACGAAGGAGAAGGGGCAAGAGGGAAGGUAGUAAAAGCAGGUGAGAAACGAAUGCAGCAGAAUGAACAGCAGAAGAAGAAGAAGCAGCAGAAGCAGCAAAGGCACCAGCAGCAGCAGCAGCAGCUGGCGCAGAGGGAGCAGAGGGAGUGGAGGGCGGUGCAGCAGCAGCAGCUGGACCUAGUGGGGGGCGAUGUGGGGCGGCUGGUGAAGCAGAGCCCGUUCGCAGGCAGGGAGAGGGGCGCCGGGUGUCGGGUGGAGGGGUCCGGUGAGGUGGGGGAGAGGGGGGAGAGAGAGGAGGGUGAGGGAACAGCUGUGGCCGGGGCAGGGGUUGGCGCAGGAAAGAGGGCUGGGACUGUGAACAUGGGCAAACCGGGUCCAGGUAUGGUGAGAGUAGGUGGCUCGGAUUCUGAGGCAUCAGGUUCGGAGGCAGGUCCGAUGGUUGGAGAUGAGAGGGAGGGUGGCAAUAAGAGAAGGCGUCUGGAUCAUAACCCAACUAAUGGUGCUGCCGCUGCUGCUUCUGCUGCUGCUGCUGCUGCUGCUGCUGGUGCUGCUGCUACUGGUGGUUCUGGUGCUGCUGGUGGUGCUGGUGGUGCUGGUGGUGCUGGUGGUGGUGCUGCUGCUGCCGGUGGUGCUGCUGGUGCUGCUGCUGGUGGUGGUGCUGCUGCUGGUGCUGCUGGUGCUGCUGCUGCUGGUGGUGCUGCUGCUGCUGCUGGUGGUGGUGGUGCUGCUGAUACUGGUGGUGCUGCUGCUGGUGGUGCUGGUGCUGGUGGUGGUGCUGCUGGUGGUGCUGGUGCUGGUGGUGGUGCUGCUGGUGGUGGUGCUGGUGCUGGUGGUGGUGCUGCUGAUACUGGUGGUGCCGGAGCCUUCAGCGUGGCUGCUGAGGCUGCUGGAAGGGCCAUCCCUGUGCGAGGGGCAACACAGGGUGGAAUGCUGGGGCCAGAGAAGAGAGCGUCCAUGGAGCAGCGGAUCAGGGCACUCGCGGACCAGCUAGCAGCAGCCAGGACAGACGCAGGGCUGGCUAGAGCAGAGGGGGAAGCAGUGAGGAUGAGUUGGGAGAAAUCCCAGAGCGACCUGGCAGCAGCGCGAGCAGAGGGGAUGGCAGCAAGGGCUGCUCUUGAGAGAACGCAGAACGAUCUAGCAGCAGCGAAGGCGGAAGUGGCAGCAGCGAGGGCGGCACAGGAGAGGUGUGAGCGUGAGUUGGCAGCUGCGAGGGCGGAAGUGGAGCAGAGGGGAGUGGCAGAGGAGGAGCUUCGCAGGGCUCUGGCCUCCUGUAGAAGUGACCUGGCUCAAACUACGGCUCAGGCUGAAGCCGCGCGGCAGCAGAAGGAGGUGGAGAGGCGCAAGGGGGAGGAGCAGCAGCAGAGAGCCUGCGAGGUGGAGAGGAGGGUUGGGGAAGUCGAGACGCUGAUGAGGGAGCAAGAGGCGCAACUAGCCCACGCACAGGCUCAGAUGCGAGACGCAACGAGGCAGGUGGACAGCCACCAGCAGCAGGCACGGGAGCUCAGAGGCGACCUGCAGGCAGCGCGUGACGAGCUGUCAUCCCUGCAUGCUGAGGUGGCUUCGCAGCAACAAGCCAUGGAUUCCAUGAAAGCUGCCCAUGCUCAGGAGCAAUGGAGAGCAGCACAGCAGCUUGCAGCAGUGCAGGCAAAACUGGGGGGCGUGAAGCAUGCGCACCAGCAGCUGCAGCAAGCUUUAGGAGAAGCCAGGCAGCAGAUCACCCAGGUGGAAAGGGAGUGGCAGCAGCAGCAGCAAGCAGCAGAGGAGGAGGAGAGGAGAAAGACGGAGGAGCAUAGGCGAGCGACGGAGCAGAUACAAGCCAAACUGAUGGAGGCUGAGGGUCAGAGGCAGUGUGCAGAGCAGCGUCUGGAAGAUUCCAGGAAGCGGGCUGAUGAGCUGGGUGGCAGGGUAAAGCAGUUGGAGCAACGAGCAGACGAGCAUAUGGCGGCAGUGCAGCAGUGGAGGCAAACAGAGGCGCGCCUGCAAGCCUCUCUUCACAAGGUGACCAUGAAAAAGCAGCAGCUGCAGGAUCAGUCUGACACUCUCAGGGCCCAGCUAGCGCACCACAAGGCGCUACAGCAGCAGAUGGAGGGCAUCUGGCAGCAGCUGCGGGUCAGCACAGACACACUCUCUGCCCUGCUACUCUGUAAUACUACCAUCGCUGGUAACCCUACUGGGAGAGGGGGUUUAGAUGAUAAUGAUGAUGAUGAUGGUGGUGGUGGUGGCGAUGAUGGUGGCAGCUGGGUGAAUAAAGGACGCUGCAUGGAGCAGCAGCAGAACCAGCAGCAGGAAGCAGCAGUGGAGAUGGAUGAUGAUGAUUGGCUGCUGGAGCAUGGGCAUGAGCUGGAACAGCAGCGGCAGGUGCAAGCACAGCAGCAGCAGCAGGAGCAGCAGCAGGCAGGGCGGGUGCAUGUGUCCGGGCAAGAGCAGCCUGUGCUGGCUCUGCUCCAUGCUCCUCCUCCUCCUCCGCAGCCCCCACAGCUGCAGCAGUCAGCAGCACGUGGGCAAAGAGCACCAAACAAUGAGAGACAAGUGGGAGAGGGGGGACAAGCGAGGCCGGGGGGACAAGCGGGACAAGCAGGUCCACCAUUGUAUCGCAGCGGUGCCAACAACCUCCAUCCUGUGCACGCUGCUUCUAACGCCCACUCGCUCCCCUUGUCUGCCCGUCAGGCGUUCCGCCCUCCCUAGUUGUCAAAUGCUGCUGGUAGGGUGAUAUUGUCAGAAACUAGCUUAGCUAGGAAGCCAUAGAAUGGCACAAGGUUUAGCUAGGAGCUAGGAGGAGCCAUGAGAAUGGCGAGAGGUUUUAGGUGCUAGGAAAGUUGAGGAGAGAAAAGGUGUUGGAUUAGAAGAGAGGGGAGUACAAGGAGGGGUUUGUACCCCCUACGGAAAGAAACUAGCUUAGCUAGGAAGCCAUAGAAUGGCACAAGGUUUAGCUAGGAGCUAGGAGGAGCCAUGAGAAUGGCGAGAGGUUUUAGGUGCUAGGAAAGUUGAGGAGAGAAAAGGUGUUGGAUUAGAAGAGAGGGGAGUACAAGGAGGGGUUUGUACCCCCUACGGAAAGGUUCAGUAACAACCUACCAAGCCUAUAUUAAAUUAUAACUUAUAUA